CAGGAGUGUAUACCGCGCAUGCAGCUGUUUGAACUGACUCAUACGCAAACGUGAGUCUGGUGAACCGUUGUCUUGUCGGCGAUUUUCAUUUUUAUUCCGCAAUUUUACAAUAAGUAUACCUUAAUCCUUCACCGAAAUGGCUCUGGACGCUGAGAAAGUCGAUCACUUUGACUCUCUGUUCCUCUCAAUUGCUCAACAUCAUCCCAACGGCGCUUCGCAGCUCCUCGACACAUUUGUGAGUUUCCUAGCGAGAAAAACAGACUUUUUUACCGGCGGCAGUGAAGGGCAAUGGGAACAGCUUGUGAUGCAAACAUUCAGAAACCAUGAAAAAACAUGCAUUGAUAGAAAAAAGCAAGAAUUGCAGGAGAGAAAGAAGCAAGAGGAGAAGAAAAAGGCACAAGCAGCUAAGAAAGCAGCUGCAGCUUCAGUGAAUUUAUCUGAUGAGGCUAAAAUUGUAGAGUUGACUGAUGACCAAGCUGAGCAAUUACAAAAAGAAAUUGAUGCAAAGAAAGGACCAGCAGAUGGUGCAGGUUCAAGCUCAGGUGAACCUAUGGAAACAAGCCCAAGUGUAUCUCAGAAGGUUCCUGAUGAUGAUGAGGAUGAAUCUGAAAGGGGGAAGAUGAAACCUAAUGCUGGGAAUGGGGCUGAUAUGGAGAAAUACAAGUGGACACAGACUCUUCAGGAUAUUGAGUUACGCGUCCCUCUCAACAUAAAUUUCCGCGCAAAACAAAAAGAUCUGGUUGUUAAUUUCACCAAACGCCACCUGACAGCUGGUAUCAAAGGUCAGGAGCCAAUCAUCGAUGACGAUUUCCCGCAUGAAAUCAAAUUGGAAGAAAGCACUUGGGUUAUCGAAGACGGUAAGUCACUGCUCUUCAACUUUGAGAAGAUCAACAAGAUGAAUUGGUGGUCGAAGAUUGUCGUCUCUGAUCCGGAGAUUAGCACUAAAAAAAUAAAUCCGGAGCCGAGCAAAUUGAGCGAUUUAGAUGGCGAGACUCGCGGGCUCGUUGAAAAGAUGAUGUAUGAUCAACGACAGAAAGAAAUGGGUCUCCCGACCAGUGAUGAACAGAAAAAGCAGGACGUACUACAGAAGUUUAUGCAACAACAUCCGGAAAUGGAUUUCUCCAAAUGCAAGUUCAAUUGAAGGAGAUAAUACGAUGGUUAAGUAUGGUGGUUACAUUUUUUUACAUCAAGUUUCAUGUGUUUUGAUAGUGAAACAUUUGAAACACAUUUAAAAAAAUUCUUUAUUUUCUUUGCACCCAUGAUUCUUAUCGAUAUUAAAUGCUUUGAAAAAUA